GAUCGAAUAGUUUGGACGAAAACAAUUUAAUCUAAUUAAUUAAUGAGUCUGAAAAUUCAUUUACAUAUAAAAAAAAACCUAAAAUACUUUAUAUUAGUUAGGCUUAUAAAACUGAAAAAGCUUUCAUCAAGCUCUUACUCGACUCUAGUCACCUUCACCUUCUAACUGAUAUGGCUGUAUUUAUGUUGAACGUUUGUAAAUUUAAUGCUUGUGGCUUAACAUUCAAGAGUCUCGGACAUUUAAUUCAACAUAUAGAAGAAACACAUAUUGAUUACGAUCCUCUAGUUAUUGAACAGUCAGAACAACAACAGCCACCAUGUAUUCCCUUAAGUUAUGCUCUUCGAUUUCUCACCGAUGCUGCUAGGCAAGAAGCUGUAAAACACGUCAAGACUACAUUGAAUUUGUCACCGAGUCGCAACAAAAACUCUACACCGCCAGGAAGUGAGGUAGAAGAGGAAGAUGACUUGUCGAGUGAACCAGAGGAUAGCAAUGAUUCGUGGACCACAUCCGAGGAAUUUUCGGCGGACUACAUUCUACGAUACGGCAGCAGGGUUGUCAAUCAAACUAUCACAACUCAGAAUAAUCAUACCAACAAGCCCUUUGCUUGUCCAGUACCUGGAUGUAAAAAGCGCUACAAAAACGUUAAUGGGAUUAAGUAUCAUUCAAAAAAUGGUCAUAAAAAUGAUGGCAAGAUACACAAGGCUUUUAAAUGCUCCUGUGGUAAGAGUUACAAGACAACUUAUGGUUUAAAAAACCAUGCAGCAAUCCAGCAUAGCUCGGGAACUGGGAGUAUAAUAAAAUCAAUGCUAAUCAAAUCAUCAAAGACUGGAAAUGAAAAUGAAAAUAUUACGAUAUUAGAUAAUUUAAGUUCUAAAAAUUCUAAAAACCCAUUAAAUAAAAUAUCAAAAAGUAAAAUAUCGGCCAUCGAAGAUCAUGGGUAUAUUAAAUCGGAACGAUCGAUCCUUACUGAGACUGAACUCGAAUGUGAUAAUGAUCUCGGCGUACUUACACCCGCUUCCACACCACCUUUAGCUGUUCAUAAUCUGCCAAAAAGUGAACAACCAAUAAUUCAUCAAGUUCGAACUCUUCAUAAAUAUUUUUCAAAUACUUCAUGCGUUACUUCUAAUCGUCGUCACGUUAAAAACGAAUACUAGUCAUUAAAUAAAGAAAGAGUUCAUAUUAGCUAGUGUUCUUUUGCAUGUCUUUGACGUUAAGCUUCAAAGUUGCGAAUGAUAAUAAAAAUUACAAAAAAUUUAAAAAAGAUUGAUUAUAAUAGUUAUCGUUAGCAAAUGUUAUAUAUUAAAGCAAUGACGAUAAUAAUUAAUAGCCAAUAAAAAUUAAUUAUUAUUGUAUAAAGUAUUUAAAAAUUUUUAGGGAUAAAUACUAUAUGAAAAUUUAUUCUUAUUACCUUUUGCGCUAUUAUAUCAAGUGCACUUAACGUCAAUUUCCUUGGCUUUAAUAUUUCAUUAGCUGCGGUUACUUAACGACACUCGUAUUGUGAUCAACUUACGCUUAAGAAAUCUAAUCUCAUUGGUAACAAUAGAAUUAAAUUUGUUAUUACAUUAUUAGUGCUACGAAAAUAUUCUUUAGUUUCUUGUAGCAAUUUUAUCAAGAAAAAAAUAAAGAAAAAAUAUCUGUCAUUUUUUUUAUUUUAUCAUUUUUUAAUAAUAAGAAAAAAUUUGACCAUUAUAAUUUUCCUACUUGUUGAAUUUAUAUUUUACUAAUUUCAAUUUCUUCAUUACAAGCAUCGGUACGUCCGUUUUUUAUAUUAACAUGUCAUUAAUUUUAAUUAAUCACUUUCCUAUCAUACAUUUAAAUUAUUUUUCUUUAAUCACAUUUAUAUAUAUCCAUUUUCACGUAUUUUUUUCUAAAUUCAAUUAGUUCACAUUCAUAAUUAUUUUUCACACUACAUUUACUCAUUUUACGUCGAUUAUUCUUGUUGAACAAGAUUAAAUCGAUAGUGUGAUAUAUAUUAGAAAAAUAUGCUAUGCCUAAAAUAAGGUAAAGGCCUGAUUAAUGAUGUGUGUAUAUUUUUACACUUUAUUAUUUUAUUAUAAUUAUUUAUAUCCAAGUUUUUCAACUUUUCCCUCGUAUUCGCCAGAAAUGUUUCUAAGCUUUACACAGAAGUUAGAAUUGGGACGAAAUAUUAUUGCAAUUUAUUUAAUUAAUUAUUAAUCUAUCAAAAAACUCUAAACCUAAGUUUGUCAAAUAUAAAUAUCUUGUUAUUAUUUUUCUAAUGAAAUUAUUAAUUUUAGCAUUAAAAAAAUGUUUUAGAAAUGAAAUUUGUAUAUAAUAAUAUUUUUCCGUAAGUAUAUAGCCUAUGUACAUAAGUAAUUAUAUUUCGUAUGUUAAUUAGUUAUAAUAGGUAAGAACGUCAACUAACCAAGAUUACCACCAUAAUAAUUAACAUAAAAAUUAUUGCCGAAGGAAAUAAAAUCAAUAUUCAACAGGAAGACAUUGAGAAAAAUAUUUAAGAUUGUAAAAAAAUAAUUGACAGGAAAUAUAAUUUUUAUUUAUACGAGUGUCUGCCAAAAAUCUGGAAUUUCAACACAGGAGAUCAACUUAAGAAGCAUAGAUUUUAAAAAUAUUAGUUUUAAAUGACAUUAAUAUAUGUAAAUGUAUAUUUAUUCAAUCAUUAAUUCAUUAACGAAAUAUCUUUUAAUUCAUUAUUUUUUUUGUUUAAA